AUGGGUCGCAAGCCCAAUCAACUCAUUCUUGAGUUCUUCAACCGAGGUCCCAAGUUGGAAGACUCGAGCAACCGCUACCAGCAUACCUGCAAGGCAUGCGGUGAAAAAUUCCCCAAGGGCCGCAUCGACAGCUUGACCAAUCACCUGGUUAAGAAGUGCCAGGCCAUCCCCCUCCGCGACCGCCAGCGUGUGCUCCUCCGACUGCACGAGCUUCCCGACUUGACUGACGGCGACGGCAACAAGGAUCCCAAUGCGAAGGGAAAGGGUGAUUCUUCGUUCCCCAACCGUCCAAACUUUGACGGAUUGAAUGUUUUGGCAGAGGCUUCCCGCCAGGUUGGUGCGUCCGACCAGACCAAGCGUGGUCCCAACUACACCCAGUCUGUGACUGUGGGUGGGAAGACUGUUGUCGUAGAUCCUGCUCUUGAGGCCGAGGGCUUCCAGGUCCCGGCCGAGGAGAAGUCAGAGGAAGGCCAGCAAGCAGGAACUCCUCAAGCCUCCAACCCUCCUUCUAUCCCGGCUCUUCCCAGUCACACCUCCGGCGAUCAUGCCUCCAUGUCUCCCCCUCUUGGUGAUCACUCCAUGACCCCCGAGUCCACCUCUAACGCGCGUCAGUCCCAGCUGUCGAUGAUUGCAGCAUCCGCUAGCGAGAUGGUUCCACAUGGGCUUCCGCCUUUGGACGGGGAUCAUGACAUGAAACUGAGCCAAUGGCCUCAGCAGCUCUCAACCCAGGAGCAGCUCCUCUUUGACAGUUUGCAGGAACACGAUCCGUCCUUGACCGCCGCAACCGCCACCCAGCGCGCCGCCUCCUACCCGCGCCCGAUUGCGAUGAAUCCCAAUACCCAGGCCAAAGGAUUCGUCAACGAAUUUGGUAACUCGACCAAGCCGACGAAGCCCAAGGUCCGGGGCCGGUUCACUGCCGAGCGGCGUCGUGAGGUGCAGGAGGUGCGCAAGAGAGGCGCCUGUAUUCGGUGCCGAAUGCUGAAAAAACCUUGCUCUGGCGACACACCUUGCACGACUUGCGCCAGUGUGGAGAGCGCUCGGCUCUGGAAACAGCCGUGCAUUCGAACUCGUCUGUCGGAAGAGUUCGAACUGUACAAUGCUAAUUUGCACGCGACGCUUGCUUACCAUGAUACCAACUCCAUCAAGAACCAGGUCAAGUUUGAGCACUAUGCUGGCCGCAUUGAAGUGACUCACCUGGAGGAAAGCGGUGUCUACGUGACUAUCAGCGGUCUCCAGGGUCACCGCCCUUCGGUCACAGCCCUCGACCCCCAACUGUCGGCCCUUGGCGAUGACCAGUUUUCCGGCCCCUCCCAGGAGGUCUAUCUCCUGGAUACUGAUGCUGAUGACAUCCCGACCAAGCUGGAGAUGUACAUCAAGAAGACGGCCCAUUUCUUUAUUGAGCGCGAGACCUCUAACUUCAUGAAGUCUACUUUGCAACUCGCGGUUGAGCUCGGAAACUCAGAAAAGGACCACCUGCUUGAGCGCUCAGUUGAACUUUGGGUAGCUACCCACAUUUUGGUAGACACCGAACUUGGCUGGAAGACCUUCUGCAACCCUACUCUUCCUCCUACGUCGAUGCACUCUCUCUCCCAGCCCGACGACGAGGGUCGUCUACCUAUUGAAGAAGCUUCGGACCCAGAGUCCUAUGCUCUGCUGUGCAGCCAGCUCCGUGCUGGCAUGGAAAAGCGAUCUAUGCAACUCGCCAAACUUGUGAUCAACGACCUUGAGCGGCGCCUCCUCCAGCGUCAGAAGACUGGCUGGUUUGAGACUUUCCUCGUCUCCAUCAUCUUGCUUAACUGCGUGGAGCGCACCUGCUGGUUGUUCCGCUCUUGGGACAACGAGAGCUUCUCUCAGCGCUGGCCAUUGGACAAGCGUCCCCCUUACUACUACAACCAGUCUGAGCGGUUCGCGGACAUUCUUCACAUGCUCCUUCGUAUGCGCAGUCUUCCUCCCAAGACUACCAUCCGCCCCGAGAGUGGUACCUUGCGCGCCGUUGAUGGCAGCGACGAGAAUGCUAUCCGUUGGUUCGACAUGAUUCAAGUAUCUCCCUUUGACCUUCAGAACCGCCUGUCCGCUAUCUUCGACCCUUCCGACUCUCGCUCUCUUGACCUGCGCCACAGUGCAGCCCUGCUUCUGCCGGCCACCUCUUGA